CGACGUUGGCCUCCAAGUUGUCUACGAUCUCACUAUUAUAGAGCACUUCGCAGGGACUGGGUAGCUUGGAACACCCAGCUAUGUCUCUUGUGUAAGGCUCAUUAGGCUUAUACCACAAAGUCGGUGCAAGUUCUAUACAUUCCAUACUUCCCGCCCUGUGCAACCAACAAAGCACCGUGACAAACAAAGAGUGACACACCAUGUCGGUGUCAGUCCCAACACCACCGCCCACGAGUCCUCCAUACUCCACGAGCAAGACAACCACAGCCGCAUCCGACUUCGCUGCUCCUAACGACGCCACCUCCAAACUAACCGAGGCCAUCGACGAUUUCCUAGGUGAUCUCGAGAAGAAGUUCAAGGGGAUCAGCGAUGAGAUUCUGACGAAGCUAGACGACAUGGCCGAGCGCUGCGAUCGCCUCGAGCAAGAGAUACUGUUCAGGGACACCAGUGCCAUGGAGGAUGUAGGGAAGACGCCAACUGGGUCGGCGGCGGGCUCAACGUGAACAGUUCAGUGUUCAGGAUAAGACGUCAGACAUUACAUAGUCAGCAGACAGGGUGCUGAAUGUUCGUCAGCUUCUGGCCUGGAUAGGAGAGUGCCUCUGCAGCUCGACCUCGCGUGCCGGCAACGUGUCGUGGUUCCCGGAGAGUGAGGUCGAUCCGACCGAUGGUGUAUCAAUGGGAUGUCCAAGCCGAGGGAAUAUGCAGAUAUUGCAAGGUAUCAAAGCAUGAUCUCGAUGGAGCACUUCCUCUCCAUCACAGUUUCGUUGUUGCUCAGCAUACCAGCCGCGAACUACUUCUCCGGGAUGGGAUGGAUUACUUAUACCCUCAGAAAGUGUCGGCAGGAAAGAAAGCAUUUCUCAAUCACGAUACCAUUUGAAACUCC